AUGGCUUCUGUACUUUCUUACGUUCCAAUUGUGAACCGACUCGUCUCUAAUACAGGUCGGACUCGGACCAUUGACAUCCCACCUGUUGAGGUUCACAAUGUGGAGACGGCACCUGAGAAACGACCAAGAACACUUAAGCACCUAUUAAGGGCAAACCACGUCAAUCAUUCUAUUCUCUACCACAAUUUGGAGUUUCAUAAUCAUCUACCCCAUAUCCUAGGUUCUGCUUAUAUCCUCGGAGCAGAUGUUCAGCAAUUACAUAAGAUCUACGAUGUGGAGGCACAAGAUCUUGAGUCGUGGAAAGAAUCGCCAGCUGAAAUAGCCCAGGAGGACUGGAGAGACUUUCUCGGAGAACCAGAGUACCAACGUGCUUAUGUUGAUUUCUUCGAAGAUUCUCUAGCAUUGAGGCACAACUACCAGUGGAAAGGUGUAGUAGAAGAGUACAUAUAUGGGGGCAAGGAGCCCUUGGUAAACUGCCUCAUCGGAGGCCUUGGACAUCCUCUCAUUCAUCUGGGAUAUGCUUAUGAGGUAGACAGCCGCGAAGUUGCCAUGGAGGCCCUUGGCAUGGCGGCUACGCAAUACAACUUCCUUCAUAAGUACAUCGACAAUGCUUCAUAUUCGAAGCCAUCCUCGAUCAAGCCGUCUUCGCCCUUGGAACUGCUCCUAAAACUAAGGAGUGAUAGUCGUCUGGACGGAGUCUUCAAGGAACCUGGACCUGACAAUAUUGAGCCGCUAUUCAAGAAGUACGAGGAUGUUGUUAUGGAGUACUGGAACGCAUGGACACUCGAUGAUCCGGUGAAAGACUUUGAGCAAUCGCAGGAGGCUGCGGUUGCUAUCCUAAUUGCCACAGUCCCGCCUGGAACCCAUUCAUAUAACUUCUUCCUUUGUCAUGUGCUAACGACGAGUCAUGCCGUCAGGAUAUUGCUUCCAUUCAUCCCAUCGGAAUUCCGCAUCAACUUAGUUAGGCAAUGGUGGCUAUUCGCAAUCGCCGUCUAUAUCGCUGAACUCCGCCCGAAAAUUGAUCCUGACUACAUCAAGCCGGAAGAUGUUGCUGGGAAGCAGUGGAAUUAUGUGGAGGACAAGGCAUUAAAUGGACAUUAUGCCACUGACGCUCAUUUUGUUAAGGUUGUGCGUGCUAUUAAAGAAGCGGCUCGUACUUGGGGCGACGUACAUGAACGUUAUUUGGCUGCGGCCGUCCGGUUUGCCGAUGAUUUCCAGGGAUGGACCUUUUCAUAA